AUGACGCCCGUUCGAUGCCAUCUCCUCGUCCGAGCCCUGACACGGUUCUCCAUCAUCACUGCUCUUUCGACGGCUCUGACUCUCGGAACCCUCGCCUCGCUGGACCCACACAAUCCAAAGGCGAGUGGACGCCUGUCGAGUGAGGCCGCUGCUGGCGCGGCUUACCUCGGGGCGCUUCUCGUUGGUCUUGUCCUCUUCUCGUGGGUCCGCAUUCUCCUCUUUCCCAGCGCUGGCAAGCGCAGCGUCGAUGAACCCGAGGCCCGAGCCGACCGCGGCGAGGGGUCUUGGCGGACCGCUCUCGCCAAGGCGCACAGCCCAGCCCACCUCCGCCCUCGCGUGGCGUGGCCAACCAUCGCUCUGGCCGCGGCUGGGCUCGGCACUUGGAUUGGCGCGGCCUGGCUCGGCCACACUGGCCUGCUCUCCACGCCGUUCGCCUCCCUCCUCUGCACCGUCGGCAUCUUCCUUUGCUUUACACCCAUGCACGAUGCCGUCCAUGGCGCCGUCGCUCCCAAAUGGCGCACUCUGAACACCGCCGUCGGGAUGGCCGCCUCGCUGCCCUUCGUUGGCAUGUACCGAGCCUUCCGCCUCAUCCAUCUCGCCCACCACGCUCACCUCAACGAGUCCGAACUCGAUCCGGACCACUGGGCGGGAGCCGGGCCGCUCGUCUUGCUUCCGCUUCGCUGGGCGACCGGGUUUUACUACUACGUCUCGUUCGCCAUCGAGCGCUCCGUCGAGGAGCAGGUAGAUUAUCCGCAGCGGAAGCCGGGCAGAUGGCGCAACGUCGUCGAGCUCGACCUCGCGGCCACGCCCGCCGUCUACAUGACGGUGCUCUGGUGGGUGUGGGACGUGUCUGCAGUCGCGUUCUGGCUCUUCCCCUUUGUUGGCGCCGCGACCUACCUCUUGUACACCUUCGACUACCUGCCGCACCGCCCGCACAAGUCGCUCGACCAGUACCUCGCGACGUCGGUCACCACGGGCGUGCCCUCGCCCCUCCUCUCCGUUCUGCUGCUCUCGCAAAAUAUGCACAACAUACAUCACCUCGCCCCGUCGGUGCCCUUCUACCGUUACGGCGACGUGUGGCACGUCUGCCGAGAGGAGCUGCUCAAGAGCGGCACCCGCCAGCUGCCGUGGCGACCUGGGGUCGGGGGCCGCGUCCACCCCACAUAUUUGAUCGCGUCAAAAGUCACAAAGCGGAAAACGUGA